UGGAUUCACAACUCAAAGCACAUAAUCUCAUAUUGUCUCUUUUCUUGUGCUAAUGCCCUUCACUCUCUCCCUCUCCUAAAACUACUACAAAGCUUUAGAGAGAAAGGAGAGAAAUAAAUUAAGAUCUUUAUAAUUUUGAGAUCUAGAGAGGGGGAGGGCAUCACAAGUCAUUUUCAUACUUCAUUCACUGGACCUUUUCUUUAUCAUCAAUAACUUAUAAUGAAGGUGAGUUCUUCAUUAUUAUUUCAUUUUAGUCUUUUUUUUAUGAUUUAAUUCUAUUUUUUAUUUCGUUCAACACUAUUGGAUUAUUUUCUCUUUUUUAUAACCUAUGUUUAUACCUAUAAAUGAUAAAAUUAUCGAAGAUAUCUAUAAGAUAUAACAAAACUUUAUACUCUACGAAACUUAUAUAUAUAAAAAGUUUGAACGGACUAUAUUUGUAGAUUGGAAAAGCUUUGAUUUUGUCGACUCUUCUAGGUGUAAUAAAAAAGCUUUACCACCCUCGUUGAAAGAAAGAUAAUUGGUUGUUAAAGUCUUGGUUGUCGGUAGUCUUAGACUAAAUUGGUAAAGUAAUUAACCUCUAUUUUAUAAAUUUUGUGUGGAGAUGUGUGUAUAGAAACUAAGCAGAGGUAAAUUACAAAUUAAUACAUGCAAUAAAAUUUUUUAUAUAUCCUAUAUUAGAUUAUUUGAUUAUAGGGUUCUUAUAGCAUAUUAGUGAGAAAGUAGAUUUUGAGGAAUUAAAAUGUGGCAAUUCCAAAGGUAUUUAUAUAAUUAAUAAAAAUAAUAAUAUACAUGAAUUAGAUUACUGGGGUUUGAAUGUCUAGUUUUUAGUUUUAAAAUUUAGCUAAUAGAGAGUUAAAGUAUUUUCUUAAAAAUGAUACAUUUAAAUUAAGAAAAUGAAAUGAAAUUAAAAUACAUCGACAUAAAAAAAAGAAAUUAUUUAUUUAUUGCACUUCGAAAUUCUUAAGAUGAGAUUUCUUAUAUGUGAUCUCUUGUCGUUGGAUUUUUAAUGGAAUAAUUUCUGCUCUUGCAUGAAAGAAUCCUUGUAAUAUUGGAUGAUGGCAUAUGCCUCACUAUUUUGGAAAGAAUGAUGUAUGCUUUUUAAUUACUAUUACUAUUUGCUAUAUCCCUUUUCUCAAAAAUCAAGAUAAAUAGAUGAAUUUAUGAACUCUAACACAUUGUUUUUUCUUUAAUUUGUGAGAUGUUGAAAUCCAAUUAAUUUUUCCUCAAAAUCAAUACUACAGUUUUCAAUCAUGCAGGUUUUAGAAAAAACAUAUCGUUUAUUUACAUAGAGAUAUCAAUGCUGCUUUAAUUACGUUGUUCAUAAAAGUCAAUGGACAGAUAUUUUAAAUAUGUUUUAAACAAAAUUUCAUAAAUAAAUAAAAUAAAAUAAAAUAAAAUAAAUAGUUAUCAAAUUCAAUGGGUAGAAUCCUGUCGUUACAUAAAUUGGGAAAAAAAACACGAAUAAUUUAAUUGUAUAUUAAUCUUUGGACCCCAAAAUUCAAAUUGUAUAUCACAAUUACAAUGCAACUGGAACACGUAACAUAAUUUAAGCAACAAAUAAUUCUCUCUUUUUCGUUUUUAUGAAAAACAUAGUUUGUUCAAACUAUUAAAAUUAAUUGUUUGUUAAAAAAAAUUAUGAUUAAUUACAAUGCUACUAUUUCUUGACCAUCAUAUUCUUAAAUACAGAUUACUAUAAACUACAUAACCAAGGCCAAAACACCUUAUCCUUGGCUUCACUAUUUAGAAACAAAAAGGAAAUAUAUUUAAUGAAAACAAAGAAUUGAAAAUAAUUUUAAUUUGUUUUUCUUAAAGAAAAAAGAAAAGAAGAGAAAAGGUGAAAGAUUUUUGGAGGCUGGGAGGAAGGUGAGAAAUGUGGAGUCAAAGUGAUGAGAAAAGUAUAGUCGGCCGUCAACGUAUACGCGCUUUUAAUAAUAGAAUGGGUGAGAACCAAGCUUUUGGAAUUUCCAACGACGUGGUUCCACAAGGCGGUUCCAAGUGCUUUGACGAUGAUGGCCGCCUCAAACGAACCGGGACUGUAUGGACGGCGAGUGCUCACAUAAUUACAGCUGUUAUCGGCUCCGGUGUUCUAUCAUUGGCUUGGGCCACGGCUCAGCUGGGCUGGGUCGCCGGUCCAGCGGUUAUGUUUUUGUUUUCUUUGGUUACUUAUUAUACUUCCGUUCUUCUCUCUGCUUGUUACCGCUCCGGCGACCCUGUUUCCGGCAAGAGAAAUUAUACUUAUAUGGAUGCUGUUCAGGCCAAUCUUGGUGGUUGGAAUGUGAAGUUAUGUGGAGUUGUUCAAUAUGCAAACAUUGUUGGAGUGGCAAUUGGGUACACAAUAGCUUCAGCAAUAAGCAUGAUGGCAAUUAAAAGGUCAAAUUGCUUUCAUGCAAGUGGUGGGAAAGAUCCAUGCCAAAUUAACAGUAAUCCUUAUAUGAUAGGUUUUGGUAUUGUAGAGAUAAUAUUUUCCCAAAUUAAAGACUUCGAUCAACUUUGGUGGCUCUCCAUUGUUGCUUCUGUUAUGUCUUUUACUUACUCAACUAUUGGACUUGGCCUUGGAGUUGCUCAAAUUGCUGCAAAUGGGAAAAUUGGAGGGAGCUUGACUGGAAUUAGCAUAGGAACUGUCACUCAAACACAAAAAGUAUGGAGGAGCUUCCAAGCUCUUGGAGACAUUGCUUUUGCCUACUCAUACUCGAUUAUCCUCAUUGAAAUUCAGGACACUGUAAAAUCUCCACCUUCAGAGGCUAAGACAAUGAAGAAGGCAACUCUAGUGAGUGUGUCGGUGACAACGCUUUUUUAUAUGUUGUGUGGUGCUGCUGGCUACGCCGCAUUCGGGGACAUGGCACCGGGAAACCUACUCACUGGGUUCGGGUUCUAUAAUCCUUAUUGGCUCCUUGAUAUUGCCAAUGCUGCCAUUGUCAUCCACCUUGUUGGUGCUUACCAAGUGUAUUGCCAACCCCUCUUUGCCUUUGUGGAAAAGUAUGCUGCUGAGAAGAGUCCUGAUAGUGAAUUCAUCACCAAAGAUAUUGAUGUUCCGAUCCCCGGUUUCCGCCCCUAUAAACUCAACCUAUUCCGGUUGGUUUGGAGGACGGCGUUCGUGAUCACCACAACUGUGAUCUCGAUGCUUCUCCCAUUCUUCAAUGACGUCGUUGGAUUCCUUGGAGCUCUAGGAUUUUGGCCUCUUACCGUGUACUACCCGGUCGAGAUGUACAUUGCCCAAAAGAAGAUACCAAAGUGGAGUUCGAGAUGGUUGUGCUUGCAAACCUUAAGUUUUGCCUGUCUCAUGAUCUCGAUAGCAGCUGCGGCCGGAUCAGUUGCCGGGGUUGUUCUAGAUUUAAAGAGCUACAAACCCUUCAAGACAAGUUUUUGAUUCUCAUAGAUUUGUGUUUUGUGUAUGGGAACUCAAGAUGAAUUAAAUGGAAGGGGUUGGUCAAAAUGACAUUUUUAAUUCAAGUUCUUCAUAAAGAAAAAGGCUUCAAACACAUUGAAGCUCUCUUCUCUGUUAGUUAAUUUUUACUGUUUUCCCAAGAAAAUAGAUGAAAUCAUGAAUGUAAAUGUUUUAAAUUAUCACA